GCGGGGCCGCGAGGUCCCCGGGAAUGAGGGAGACGGGCGAGCCUCGCGGGCCACGCGCGGGGGCCGAGGUGGAGGUGGGCAGGGGGCCGGGGCGCGCCAUUCCGCCCAGCCCCGGCCCGGGUGGCAUCUCCCCUCCCCAUCAGCCGGGGCAGAAAGCCCCUCCACCCCCGUUUGUGCACUCCAGACCCCUCUCGGCCCAGGCCAGGCCCUCCCUCCCCCCACCAGCCAGCAGCCCAGAACCUGGCCGUGUGUCAGCGGCAGAUCUCGGUGCCCAGCGCAGGUCCCCACAUGAGGACAUCAUCCCCCCACAUGGGCCCCCUUUCAGCUAGGAGCCCCACUUUACCCCCUCUAGGUCCCCCAUCAACUCAGCUUCUCCCUGCGUAGACUUCAUCCCAGGACCCUGGAGGGUGCUGAGGGGCUGCGGUUCUUCACCCGGGAGAAUCUGCCUGGGGCGCACUUCCCUGCUCACCGGAGAGAAGGGGGUGACGGAGCUUGUAAACGCCCAGUCAGGCUGCCGGCGGCAAGAAGCAGGCUCGAGGACUGCGGGCAGGGCACAGCCCUCGCCCCUGACUGCUGACUGCAUCCGCCUGCUGCCACCUGGGUUUGUCUGGAGCUGCUGGGACUGUCCUGGGAUCCAGCCUGCUUGCCCCCUGAGGCCGGAGAGAUGCUCCCAUUGGCCAAAGCCCUCGCCUCCCCCAGGAAUCCCCAGCCCCCCGCCCUGGGGGAGCAGGACGGGGCUCCUCAGCCGGCCAGCCCCGGGGAUACUGAGGCCUGGCGCCGGCGGUUCCGACAGUUCCAGUACCGCGUGGCAGGCGGGCCACACCGUGCACUGGGUCAGCUCUGGAUGCUGUGUCGUCAGUGGCUGCGGCCCGAGGCGCACUCCAAGGAGCAGAUGCUGGAGCUGCUGGUGCUGGAGCAGUUCCUGGGUGCGCUGCCCAGCAAGAUGAGGACCUGGGUGCAGUCGCAGGGCCCCCGAACCUGCAGGGAGGCCGCUACCCUGGUGGAGGACCUCACACAGAUGUCGCAGCAGGAAGUUCUGGUAUCUCUCACCGACCACCAGGACAAGAGCAUCAGCGAGGAGGAAGACGGGAAGAGCCCGAGGUCCCAGAAAGACCCAUCCCAGCCCCAAACUGGAAACAACCCACAUGUGCGUGUGACUGGAUAAACAAUCAUUUAUCCUGCACACCAUGGAAAACUACCCAGCAAUAUAAUGGAAGAAACUCUUGAUUCACACACAACUUGGAUGGAUCUGAAGGGCACCAUGCUGUCAAAACAGUUAAUCUCAAAAGGUAUCCCAUUUAUAUGACAUUCUUGAACAGACAAAAUGAUAGCCACAGAGAACAGAUCAGUGGUUGCCAGGCAGGAGCUCUGGGUGGAGGGAAAAUGUGACUAUACAGGGUAGCAUGAGGGAGGUUUCUCUGGGUGGCGAACCUUCUGGUCCUGAUUGUGGUGGUAGUUCCACGAAUCUAUAUACAUGUUAAAAUUAACAGACCUGGACAUGCACACACACACACAAUCAAU